AUGGCUUCCCAGAAGAUAGGCAUGUCACCUUUGCCACCUAUUCUUUCGGUAUAUGACAAAACCGGCUUGCUCGAUCUCGCCAAAGGCUUGAUCAAAAAGGAUGUUCGGCUGCUGGCUUCUGGUGGAACAGCGAAAAUGAUCCGAGAAGCCGGUUUCGAUGUCGAAGAUGUCUCUGCUAUUACAAAAGCACCGGAAAUGCUCUCCGGUCGAGUCAAGACCCUUCAUCCAGCUGUCCACGCAGGGAUCUUGGCUAGAGAUCUAGCUUCUGACGAGAAAGAUCUCGCUGACCAGAACAUCAACAAAGUCGACUAUGUCGUCUGCAACUUGUACCCGUUCAAGGACACUGUUGCUAAGAUCAACGUGACCAUCCCUGAAGCCGUGGAAGAAAUCGAUAUUGGAGGAGUCACUCUUAUCAGAGCAGCGGCCAAGAAUCACGCUAGGGUAACCAUUCUGAGCGAUCCCGAAGAUUAUCACCACUUUCUUGAGGAAUUGGACAAAGGCGACAUCCCUGAAGAGAGUCGCCAAAAAUAUGCUCUGAAGGCUUUCGAACACACUGCUGAUUACGAUGCCGCCAUCUCUGACUUCUUCCGCAAACAGUACGCCGGUAAUGGUGUGCAACAGAUCUCCCUUCGUUACGGCGCCAAUCCUCACCAAAAGCCCGCUGCUGCAUUUGUGCGCAAUGGUAAGCUGCCUUUCAAAGUUUUAGGUGGCUCGCCGGGGUACAUCAACCUUCUCGAUUGUUUAAAUGCCUGGCCCCUAGUGAAAGAACUCAAGCAAGCAUUAGGACUUCCGGCUGCUGCAAGUUUCAAGCAUGUGUCUCCUGCAGGCGCCGCGAUUGCCGUACCGCUGAACGAAAAGGAGCGACGAGUUUACAUGGUCGACGAUAUCGACGGGAUCGAGACGUCGGGUCUAGCGCAAGCAUACGCUCGAGCGCGUGGUGCGGAUCGAAUGUCCAGUUUCGGCGAUGUAAUUGCUCUUUCCGACAAGUGCGACGUCCCCACCGCGAAAAUCAUCUCUCGAGAGGUUUCUGAUGGAAUCAUUGCGCCAGAGUAUGAACCCGAGGCGCUGGAAAUCUUGAAGAAGAAGAAGGCGGGUAAAUAUCUGGUACUCCAAAUGGAUGAGACCUAUGAACCUCCGGCGCAAGAAACACGCACCGUGUAUGGAGUCCAACUAACGCAAGGACGAAAUGACGUCAAAAUCUCGCCCAACGAGACAUUCAACUCCAUCAUCCGUCCGAAAGAUUCUCCGAAGCUGUCGGAUUCGGCUCUGCGCGAUCUCACUGUUGCGACCAUUGCGGUGAAAUAUACCCAGUCAAACUCUGUCUGCUACGCUUUAAACGGUCAAGUCAUUGGUCUUGGUGCCGGGCAGCAGAGUCGGAUUCACUGCACGCGACUAGCAGGCGACAAGGCCGACAAUUGGUGGAUGCGAUUUCAUGAACGCACACUAUCGAUAGUAUGGGCCAAGGGUAUCAAGCGGGCGGAAAAAUCCAAUGCCAUUGACAUGCUGUGCUCAGGCCAGGUACCUCCUCAGAGCGAGUUUGAGACCAAAGAUUAUGAGCGCAAUUUUGCAGAAGGGUGUGUACCCAAGCCAUUCUCCCCUGAAGAGAGACGGCAAUGGUUGGACAAGCUUGGCGAGGUUGCCGUUUCAAGCGAUGCUUUCUUUCCAUUCGUCGAUAACGUAUACCGAGCCGCCCGAAGUGGCGUGAAAUACAUUGCCGCCCCGACUGGCUCACAAAAUGAUGGAGCAGUGUUUGACACGGCAGAUAAUCUGGGGAUAACGUUCAUUGAGCAGAGCACGAGGCUGUUCCAUCAUUGA